AAUGCAGUAUACUGGAUUUUACUUGAUAUAUUUACGUGGUUAAGCAUGUAAAUAGCGGCCAGAUUUUUGUAUCCGGCUCUGGAGAAGUUUACAGUGGUUAUCAAGAUGACCACCAUUGUCCAUGACACCACCGAAGCUGUGAGACUGUGCCCUGCACAAAACCUGUACUUGAAACCCAUCGCCAAAAUGACUGUCAGCGUCGCGCUACCUCAGCUCAAGCUACCUGGCAAGUCCAUCUCUAACUGGGAGGUGAUGGAACGCCUGAAGACCAUGGUUCACCCAGAACAGUUCUCUUCACUGCGCAUCUCCAAGAGCACGAUGGACUUCAUCCGUUUCGAGGGAGAGGUGGAGAACAAGAGCGUGGUGAAGAACCUCUUGGCCAAGCUUGAGGGAAAGAGCAUCAAGCUAAGCGGUUUCACCGAUAUCCUAAAAGUGCGAGCGGCCGAGAACAAGGUGGACUUUCCCACCCGUCACGACUGGGACUCCUUCUUCCGGGACGCUAAAGAUAUGAACGAAACCGUACCUGGAGAACGACCGGACACCAUCCAUCUAGAGGGACUACCCUGCAAGUGGUUCGCCGAGAGGGAUGGCUCCCCCGACCGACCCUCGGAGUCGGUGCUUCGGGAAGUUUUCGAGGGUUUCGGAAAGAUCCGGAACGUCGAUAUACCCAUGCUGGAUCCCUAUCGGGGGGAGAUGACCGACAAGAACUUCAAUACGUUUACUUUCGGAGGACACUUGAACUUUGAGGCCUACGUGCAGUACCAGGAAUAUGUCGGAUUUGUCAAAGCCAUGGAUACUCUGCGAGGGAUGAAGCUGAUGUACAAGGGCGAGGAUGGCAAAGCUGUCGCGUGCAACAUCAAGGUUACCUUCGACACAACCAAACACUUGAGUGACGCCUUCCUGAAGAGGAGGCAACAGGAGAGACUGAAACUGCAGGAGCUGGAGAGACAGAGGGAGGAGCAGAAACGAAAAGAGAAGGAAGAGGAGGAGAGGCGAAAAGAGGAGGAAAGGAAACAGCGUGAACAGGAAGAAGAGGAGAGAGAGAGGAGGAAAGAGGAGAAGCUGCGUAAACGGGAGCAGAAGCUGAGGGAGAGAGAGGAGAGGAAGAACCAGAAGAGAGUGAAAAAACAGCAGGAGAUCGAACAGAAGAAGCUGCAGGUGAAGAUUGCCAUGGAGGAGAGGAAGCUGCUGCUGGCCCAGAGAAACCUGGAGUCCAUACGCCUGAUGGCCGAGCUUCUGAGCAGGGCGAAGGCCCUGAAACAGCAGCAGCUGGAGCAGGAAAAGGCGGAGCUAGCCCGUAAGCAGAAGGCGGAGCUUGCAAGGUUGCAGCAGCUGGAGGAGCGCCGGCGGCAGCAGGAGGCAGAGCUCCGUCGAGUGGAGAGUGAGAAGGCUCGUGCUCUGGAGCUCCAGAGGAAAGAGAGAGAGCUUCGGGACAGGCUGCUGGGAAACCUGCUCAAGAAGAGCGGAGCCUCUGACCAGCAGGUCACCGAACCGGGCCUGCAGGGAAACACGCACGCCCUCAUAGGGCUGGACCUUCAGACCUGCCAGGCCAUCGCUCAGGUGAACGGGGUCACGAAACGCACCGAGGGAACUGAGCCGACCACAGCCCCCCACACCGGCAGGGGGCGCCAGAGCAGCAAAGAAAGGAAUCAGGGGAAAGAGAACCGAGGUAACUGCCAUAACAGAGCUGAAAGAGAACGGAGGCUCAGCCUGGACCGUAAGGGAAGGGACGGAAGCAGGCACGGAGGAAGCAGCCUCGCUCACGGACACAGCAGAAGACGCAGCCAAGAACGCAGAGGCGACAGUAAAAGGCGAUGCAGCCGUGGGCGGAGCCGGAGUAGCCGCCGGCAUCACGGCCGUGGCCGUAGCCAUAGCGACCGCGGGCACAGCCGUCGGCGGAGCAGAAGCAGGCACGGGCGGGGCGACGCCAGUAGGCGACACAGCCGUGGGAGGAGCGGUAGUUACAGGAGGCACAGUCGUGGGCGGAGCAGAAGCCACAGUAGAAAGAGCAGAAGCCAUAGAAGGCGGAGCAUAAGCAGCACCAGUAGGAGCAGCAGCAGUCGCAGCCGCAGUCGCAGUCGCAGCCGCAGUAGCAGACACAGGGGCGGCAGGAGACACAGAAGUAGUAGGAGCAGGUCCUCCAGUCGUGACAGGAGUCGUGGGCGCAGACGUCACUCCUACGGCCGCGACAGGAGUCGCUCUCGGAGACGCUGACGACGACGGGGGUGUUGCACAAAACCACAAAACGAAAAUUAAAAUCUCAGAUUCGGCUGUGACCUUGAAGGGCGAACGGGACACUGUGACGCACUCACUGCUGUUCUGUCUGUCGCAGAUGGAAGAUGAAACAAUAUGCUGCUCGGAUCAGCAGAAGGCAUGUGGCUCGUGACCUCACGAC